UCCCAUUAAAUACUCUCAUUUAUAAUAAGAAACAAAUUCCUAGGAAUCAAAAAGAGAAACUUGAAGAACAAGGACAUUACAGUAAAACAAAAACAUUUCAAAUACUUAAACACAAUUCGUCCGUUGCCGCAACAUCACAAACCAACCAUUGUCUCUUCCUUUGUUCCCAUCCACCUCUCUUCUAAAUAAACCAUACUAGUAGUUUCCUUUUUGCAAAAUCAAUUCAUCAAACCUCAAAUAAUCACUUUUUUGUUUAAGUGAUUAUUUUAGUCCAUCUUUCAAAUGAGUUCAAGUUUAAGCGGAGGAACCAAUGCAUUGAAUUUCAAUGUAGUCAAAUCCUCUUCAUCCACAUUGACUUCACUUACUUCUUCUUCUAAUUCUCCUUCCUCAACUUUAGCUAUCUCCGAACCUAGCAAUAACAUAUCCCAAAGCGCAAUCCGAACCAAAAGACCCCGAACCAAUCGAAAGAGACCGAACCAAAAAUAUAACGAAGCCGCUGAAUUACUUUCCGAAGCGUAUCCGAACCUAUUUCGUAACCUAAAGAAAUUACAACCACCGUGCAAACUUACCAAACCGCUUAUAACAGAAUGUUAUAACAACGAUUUUUUUGAACCGUUGUUAUUGCCGUUCAGUGAUUUCGAUUAUGCAAACUCUUUUUUGAUUCAGAGUAAAAGCGCUUCUCAAACGGAGUUUUUCAGCGUUUCAGAGAAGCAGGUUUCGGAAGAGAUAGUGGUCAAUCCCGGUGAAGUACUGGAAUGCGAUUCUGGAGAGGGUUUCGAUUGUAAAUCGAUGUUGGAUGAUGAAACCGAGGAAGGGAUUGAUAGUAUUAUCGGGACUAGGGUUGAGGAUUCCGCCGGUAACAGCGGCGGAGAUAGAGAGGGAGGUUUGUGUUACGGCGGCGAGAGACUGAAUCCUUGGUUUGGAGGUUAUGGCAGGAGAUUCGGUGUGACGAGUGCUCUUCGCCGCGUCGGAGGUGUUAAUUUGAUGAAUUUUGCUAUGGUUGACGUACUUGAAAUCUCGAAGAUGCCGGUGGUGGCGAGUACUGUUCCGGCGACUGAGAAAAAGAAGCUGAGGAAGAAAGAAAUCGUGGAGCGUAGGAAUUCGAGUUUGGCUCUACCGCUGCGGUUGAAACUGAAUUACGAAGAUGUUCGGAGUUUGUGGUCGGCACGGGGUUCACCGUUUAGCCGGUGAUGUGUUCGGUUAUUACUAUGCCGGAGUAUGACGUCAUUGUUUGUUGGUACAUGGAAUUAAUUACUAUUACUAGGACUUCAGCACUUAAUUUCUUUGAUAAUUUACUUCAUUAAUAUUACUACUAGUAGUAUUUGUUUUGGUAUUAAUAAUAGGAAUAUAUUAUAGUUAGGAAUUGUUUAAAAUACAACAACGUGUUUACACAAAGGAUUGUACUUCUCCAAGGUGAUCAGACUCAAUUUAUUUCUAAUUUAUGCAACAAAAACGUGGUAAUUCUAAUUUAUGCAUGUUUCAUUGCUCAAUACAUAUAUAAUGAACAUGCUUAUAUAAUGAACGUGUUUACACA